CAAAGGUUAAAAAUGGCUCCUGUCCAAAACACUAUGACACCCUCCAUCGCGGACGAUCGAGAGGCGGCCGAUAACGCAUGGGUCCACGCGAUGCUCUUCGCAACCUCCCACGUCUUCCCAAUGGUCCUGAACGCCGCUGCCCGGCUCGGCGUGUUCGACAUCCUGGCCCGAGCCGGCCCGGGGGCUCGGGUGUCUGCUUCCGAGGUUGUCUCUCAGCUCACCACACAGAGCUUGGAAGCUGCUCCAAAGCUCGACCGGAUGCUGUGCCUCCUUGCGAGCCACUCGCUUCUGAGCUGCGAGGUGCGCGAGCGGGACGAUGGCCGGACUAUCGAGAGGCUGUACGGCCUCACGCCGGCAGCUCGCUUCUUUACCAAGGAAGAGGGAGAGGGCUCGUUGGCUUCUUUGUUGGAGCUUUGCUUCCAUCCGGCUCCACAGCAAGUUUGGUAAGCCGUAUACGAGUGAAAAACAUCAAACGUAGGCUCAUUUUUUCUGUCGCCAUAAAACCAAUCCAUAUGUUGCAACUGAACGAGGCCAUACUUGAAGGGGGCAACCAAUUCAAGAAAGUUCAUGGAGUGUCGAUAUUCGAGUACAUGAAUAUAGAUUCGGCAUAUAACAAUACGUUUAACAAGGCGAUGGACGGUCUGACGACAAUAGUAAUGAACAAAAUUCUCGAGUUUUAUCAAGGUUUUGAGGGUCUAACAACAUUAGUUGAUGUGGCCGGAGGUACCGGCAAGUGCCUCAAUAUGAUCAUCUCCAAGUACCCUUCUAUCGUUGGCAUCAACUUUGAUUUGCCUCAUGUAAUAGAAAGUGCACCUGCUUAUUCCGGAAUCCAGCAUGUCGGUGGGAGUAUGUUCUCUACCAUUCCAAGGGCAGAUGCAAUCAUGAUCAAGAAUACCUUGCAUAAUUGGAAUGACGAGAACUGCAUUAAAAUACUGAGGAACUGCUACGAGGCAUUGCUGAGUAAAGGUAAAGUGGUAGUGAUGGAUCUGGUGCUACCAGAGGCGCCGGAAACAAGUGCGACGUCGAUGUACACCUCCAGACUCGAUAACACCAUGUUGAUGCACCUGGGAGGCCAAGAGAGAACGGAGAGAGAAUUCCGAGCCUUGGCCAAGGCCGCCGGUUUCUCCGAGUUCAAAGUCGCUUGUGUUGCGAGUGAACUUUGGGUGGUCAUGGAGUUGUACAAGUGAUAGACUCUCUUUGUGUACCCAGUAUGUUGGAAUUUGACUUUCGGAAAAAACGCAGUACUAUCUAUCCAUGGAUUUAAUUAUGUGAGGAUGUAUUCAUACUGAGAAUUCUUGUUGAUUAAAUAAUGUGACGUAUAAUAAUUGGUGUAUUAAAUGAAGUUGUCCCGAAUCUUUUU